GGCAGCACGAUUAUGGGGGGGGCACGCCUGCCCUGUGCCAUGCCGAUAGCGUGGCGGGAGGGGGCCAGCACCAUGGAUGAGGAGACGUUGCCGAGCCCCAGCCGGGGCAUCACGCCGCUGCAGCAGAUGCUGGCCUCGGGGACGGGGGCCAUCCUCACCUCCCUCUUCGUGACUCCACUGGACGUGGUGAAGAUCCGCCUGCAGGCCCAGAGGACCCCCUUCUCCAAAGCGUUGUCAGCACGGGCUGUGCCCUGGGGCACUCAGCAAGCCACAUGGAAGUGUUUCCUCUACUGCAACGGCCUCAUGGACCAUCUCUACGUCUGCCAGAACGGCAAUGGCUGCACUGCCUGGUACAAGGCCCCCACCCGCUUCAGCGGCACGCUGGAUGCCUUCGUGAAGAUCACACGCUACGAGGGCAUCAGGUCUCUGUGGAGCGGGUUGCCCCCCACCCUGGUCAUGGCUGUGCCGGCCACCGUCAUUUAUUUCACCACCUACGACCAGCUCCGGGACUACCUGCAGGCUCGGACCGGGAGCCAGGGCCCCCACAUCCCCUUGCUGGCCGGGGCACUUGCCAGGAUGGGCGCCGUGACGGUCAUCAGCCCCCUGGAACUCAUCCGCACCAAGAUGCAGUCGCAGCAGCUCAGCUACCGGGAGCUGGGACUCUGCAUCCGGUCGGCGGUGGCUCAGGACGGCUGGUUGUCCCUCUGGAGGGGCUGGGGACCCACCGUGCUGCGCGAUGUCCCCUUCUCGGCUCUUUACUGGUUUAACUACGAGCUGGUGAGGGAAUGGUUCUGCAGACAGACCUGCCUGGAGGAGGCCACGUUCAUGAUCAGCUUCGCCUCCGGGGCCAUCUCCGGGACAGUGGCUGCGGUGCUGACCCUGCCCUUCGACGUGGUCAAGACCCGGCGGCAGAUCGAGCUGGGAGACAGCGAAGUGCACCCAGCCGCAGCCCCCAAGCCUUCCUCCACCUGGCUCAUCAUGCGGCGCAUCCGUGCUGAGUCCGGCACCCGGGGGCUGUUUGCAGGCUUCUUGCCCCGUGUCAUUAAGGUGGCCCCCGCCUGCGCCAUCAUGAUCAGCACCUACGAAUUUGGCAAAACCUUCUUCCAGAAGCUGAACCAGGAGCGGCGGCUGCCUGGGUUGUGAGCCCGGGGCUAGGGCAGGGCUGGAUGUGGCUGGUGGCCCUCGAGGGGGGUCGGGGGGGGGGCACCCUGCCAACCCCCAUUCCCCCACGAGGCUCCCUGGGAGCAGCGACCCGCACUCGGUUCUGCAAAGCCCAAGUGCCUUCGUGCCGCGCUCUGCCUCCCCCCUGCCUGCACCCUGAGGCUGGGGCCCUCUCCAUCCCCAGCCCCACUGGGGGACAUCUGUGCCUGCUGCUGUGACACUGGAGGGGGGGAACGGGACAUGGAAUUCCCCCUCCUCAUCCCUUGAGGCCAGAACAGAUGCUGCUGCUGGAUUCAUGGACGCUCUGGCGAUAUUGGGGUGCCCCGGGAGACUCUGCAGAGCAGGAGAUGGGAGCUGGGGCUCGGUCAAGGACCAAACCCUCAGAGGGGGGGACUUCUCUGCGUUGCCUCCUUGGGGCCCCCCCAGCCCCUUCUUGCCAUCAGUCACACACAGCAUCCCCUUGCCAGCGCUGCGUGGCACGGGGACACGUCAGGACCCUCUCCCUUCCUCUGGACCUCUCCCACCCUGGGUGUCCCUAUCCCCUGCCAGACCCUGGGCUUGGACCCUGCGUGGAGGACAGACCUUGCUGCUGCUUGGGGGGCAGGGGGGGGCACAGGAGUUCUGGCAACAAACCUCUACCUGUGCCCCAUCCCUUCACCGCGAGGACCUGCCCCAGCCCUGUGCCCAGUGUGGGCACUGCCCCAGCUCACUCCGGGACUCCAGGGGGACAUUUCUCUUAUUUUCUUAUAAAUAAAAGAAAAAAUAUUGUUUGUCUCUUCGGGCAA